AUGCUUAAGCGUCUCACUCUCCAGGGACGUCAAGUAAAAACCCACCUGGUGCUCGGGACACUGGGGGAGGGCGCCCACGCCCAGGUGAGGCUGGCACUGCACGCGCUCACAAGCACGAAGGUGGCGAUCAAAACCCUCCGGGAGGCCAAGCUGCGCGACCUCCGGCUCCUGGCGGGUGAGGUGGGGUGCCUGAAGGCGCUUCACCACCCGUGCAUGGUUGAGCUAUUCCAGGUGGUGGGCACCAGGGAGGAGCUGCAGCUGGUAAUGGAGUAUGUGGAGGGGGGCGACCUGCUGGACUAUCUGAACGAGUGGGGGCGCCUCACUGAGAAUGAGGCCCGCCAGAUAUUCAGGCAGAUCAUCUCGGCCCUCAGCUACUGCCAUGCCAAAGGCAUCGCCCACUGGGAUGUGAAGCCCAAGAACAUUGUGCUUGUGGGAGAGAAGCACAUAAAGCUGGCGGACAUCGGGCUCAGCGUGCGGUGCUUCAACCACACGCUGAGCACCUACUGCAGUCGCGCAGAGUACAGGGCCCUGGAGCUCUCCCUCCACCAGCGGUAUAUCAGUCCAGGGUGGACGCGUGGGGCCUGGGCGUCGUCUUCUAGCAGAUGGUCACCAGCACGUUGCCCUUCAGGGGGACCAGCGUCGGGGAGAUCAGGGAGCGCGUCCUGGGCGGGUUCCUGUACCUGCCCUUCUACCUUUCGGUGCAGUGCCGCGCCACCUGCUCAACAAAAUGCUGGCACUGGACUCCCGGAAACGCAGCACCCUAGAAAGUCUCAAGCAGCACCCCUGGGUGGAAAUGAGUAA